CAAAUGCCUGGCAGGGGUGACGUGGGGCCAUUCCUCUGGGCACAGCUGUGGUAAUGCCUGGAUGGAGGUAGGGCCUGGGCAGUAGUGCCCUCCCAGAUUCUCCCUUCAGGCUUCUUGGAGUGAGAGACAUGCAGCCUGAGGGCCUCAGCGUGGCCUGACCCUGCUGCCAGGGACUCUGUCUGAAGUAACCAUGAAGAUGGACAGUUCGUGGAGCUUUUCUCUGUCCAGCUGCCUCCUCUCCCUGCUCCUGCUCCUCCAACUGUCAUCCAGCUAUGCGGGACAGUUCAAAGUGAUAGGACCUGGGCAUCCCAUCCGGGCUUUGGUUGGGGAUGAAGCAGAACUGCAAUGCCGAAUCUCUCCCGCGAAGAAUGCUUCGGGCAUGGAGGUGGGGUGGUACCGUCCUCCCUUUUCUAGGGUGGUUCAUCUCUACCGAAAUGGCAAGGACCAGGAUGCAGAGCAGGCACCUGAAUACCGGGGACGCACGGAGCUUCUGAAGGAUAGUAUCGGCGAGGGAAAGGCUACCCUCAGGAUCCGGAGAGUGAGGUUCUCGGACGAAGGAGGCUACACCUGCUUCUUCAGAGAUCACUCUUACCAAGAGGAGGCAGCAAUGGAGUUGAAGGUGGAAGAUCCCUUCUACUGGAUCAACCCCGGGGUUCUGGUUCUCAUCGCACUUCUGCCUGCACUCCUCCUGCAGAUAUCUGUGGGCCUUGUGUUCCUGUUUCUGCAACACAGACUGAGAGGAAAACUUCGAGCAGAAGUCGAGAAUCUCCAUCGGACUUUUGAUCCUCACUUCCUGAGGGUGCCCUGCUGGAAGAUAACACUGUUUGUUAUUGUGCCUGUUCUUGGACCCCUGGUUGCCUUGAUCAUCUGCUACAACUGGCUGCACCGGAGACUAGCAGGACAGUUUCUCGAAGAGCUAAGAAACCCCUUUUGAGUGAUGGUGCAACUUCCUGGCGUGGAGGAGAGCCUCACAGGCCAAGAGAAAGGUUGUUGGGGGACGUCUCUCAUUGGCUUCUUUGCUAUAGGCACUUUCCAAUCUACAUCUACAGAAACACUCUGGAUUCCAAACAGAAUUUGAUUUCCCUUCAACUGUUUUCCUUCCCUCAGCUCUCCCCUUCCCCCAAUUUUUGCCCCCCCACAUCUUUUUACUCCUGUCCCAGUCUUCCUCCAGGAAGCACCCCGUGGCUAAGGCUGGGCGGUCUAUCGGAAGAUACCUGUGUAUCAGAGUAAUACAGGAGUGACUCUGUCAAACAGUAUAUCCAGCACCUCUACAUGAAAACUACAGAACAUCCACUGUACAAAUAGAUGUUUCUUCCAAGACCACAGCCUUGACUAGGAAGAACAGCAAUGUAGAUAGUAGGGGGGGCAGUGACAGCAGGGCCCACGAUAUUGAGGAAUCUGCACAAGCCAUAGUGUGACUAUGGAGCCUGAACCCAAACCUGAAGAUGGGGUCUAAAGGACCCUGAUCAGAACACCAUCCUGCUUGGGCAGCAAGGGUUGAGAACUGGAUAUCCUGUCUUUUCCCACCCUUUGCAUCCUUUAUAUCCCUGCCUCUUAUUUUCUCCCAUCUUUAUUGGCCUCAGAAUACCCAGUGUUUUAUUCAACAGUUACUACUUGAUGGUCUACCGGACGUGAACAAGCGAGGUGCUAAUUAAUAAUACAAGUUUCUCUGUGUA